AUGAUAUUACUAUUUACUCAAAUCCUUCUCUCAUUACUCAUAGUCACAACAAAAUCUCAAUCAACCAUAUGCAGAACUUCCUGUGGCAACAUUCCAAUCAAAUAUCCAUUCAGCAUUGAUGAUGGCUGUGGAAGUCCAUACUACAGACACAUUCUCGCAUGUUCCGACUCAGAAAAAAGACUCGAACUCCGAACACCUUCCGGUCGAUACGAAGUCCGUAACAUAUCCUAUGAUAAUCCUCACAUUGUUGUCACUGAUUCUUUCAUGUGGAAAUGCGAGGACGGAGAAAAUUUUCGACCGACGCGUCCCUUUAGUUUAGACACUAGCACAAAACUAAAACUCUCCAAGCAAAAUGAGUACAUGUUUUUCAACUGUAGUGAAGAACAUGUGAUUAUUCAACCAAAGCCUGUAUUUUGUGAACAUUUUCCUGAUCACUGUGAUUCAUCAUGUGACAGUGCUAGUUAUCUAUGUAGACAUUUACCAGGGUGUUCUUUUUCUCUUAAAAGUAGUUCUUGUUGUUCUUAUUAUCCAAAAGCAAGUGAAUCUUUGAGAUUGAUGCUUAAGUAUUGUACUAGUUAUGCUAGUGUUUAUUGGAGAGAUGUUGGUAUUCCUCAACCUUAUGAUCAAGUGCCUGAAUAUGGAAUUAGAGUUGAUUUUGAUAUACCUGUUACUACUCGUUGUCUUAUGUGUCAGGAUGAAUUGAAAGGUGGUGGAACUUGUGGAUUUGAUACUGUGACACAGAGUUUUCUGUGUUUGUGUAAGGAUGGAAACUCUACUACUCAUUGUAAAGAUCAAGAAAUUGCGCAACACAAUAGGAAGGUUCAUGUAAUAGCAGGGACAGUUACUGCAUUCUCGGCUGCAGGAGUAUUUGGAAUUGGUGCUGGAAUUUGGUACUUGAAAAAAUUGAGAAAAACAGCACCAGUCACAUGUGGAGUUCAAAGUAAUGAAAAUAGACUCUUCUAA